AGAUAUCGAGGGUAGCUAUAGUCAUCAGUUUGACAUUUCAGUGAAUCGAGUUUCGUUCCCACUUUCUUGAACCCUUUCUUGGGUUCAGUUGGAAAAUGCAAAGAAGUUGGAAUUAAUUAAAGAAGUAAAGUGUCGUGGGCACAGCCGAAGGUCUUCUUUAAGUCGGUCUCUUAGGCAAUUUCCUUGCAAUUACAUCACCAUUGUUCAUUCCUUCAUACACUUCAAACUUCAACCUUCUUUUCCAAUUUCACACCAGUUCCAUCACCCAACUUGGCUGCCAAUUCUCUUCGUAUAUAAUCAAUCAAACACCCCACAAACUCUACAAAACAAAACCCUUUGUAAUCCUAAUUGCAAUACCAAGAAUCAAGAACCUCAACAAUCAUGGCAUCUCCCAAAGGGCUAUUAUUCUCCUACAAAAACUUGUUCAGGAUGAUAACCUUUCCAUGUCUAACUACUCCCAGGCCCAAACCAUUACCGCCUCCUGCACCUCUUAUUGGGCCUUCCGGCCCAAAAUACGAUAAAGGGCUGAAAGACGUUUUCGAUCACUUGGACGUUGACAAAGAUGGCAAGAUCUCGAGCAGUGAACUAAUGGAUUACUUUGCGUCGGUUGGCGAGUCCGUCAGUCAUAAAGUGGCGGAGAGAGUGAUAAACGAGUUUGACUCGGACGGUGACGAGUUGCUGGAUUUCGGUGACUUUGAAAAACUGAUGAAGCAAGAGGAGAGUAAGGAGGUGGAGGAUGUUCUACGAAGCGCGUUCGAGAUGUUCGAGGUUGAGAAAGGGUGUGGCUGCAUAACGCCAAAGGGGUUGCAACAAAUGUUGCGGCAACUGGGAGAUGUGAAGUCCCAUGAUGAGUGUGUGGCCAUGAUUCGACCCUUCGAUCUCGACGGCAAUGGCUUCCUUGAUUUUCACGAAUUUCAGCAGAUGAUGUCCCCAACUUGAUUCUCUAAGGAUUGUUUUUACUGUGGUUUCUCUCUCUCUCUCUCUCUCUCUCUCUCUCUAAAGAAUGUGUAAAAUGAAAGUGAAUGCUUUCUUGACGGAAGAUAAAGAAAGAAACGCCGUUUCCAGUGUCA